CUGGAAUCCUGCGUGGAAAACUCAUCAACAUCCGAUAGUACUCAAAAAGUUUAAACCAUACUGGCAAUGGCGAAAGCAAUGAUAACAUUUGUGAUAUGCAUAUUGAUGAUAUUUCAAGAUAUCAUGGCUAAACCAAUGGAGGAAGAUGAUGCUCCGGUCAGGCAAGAAUCUAUAUGGCCAAAUGGUGUGGUACCUUACACUAUAGUUUCAAAGUAUGAACAAAGUGAGGUGGAUAUUAUAAAAGACGCAAUGGAUAAGAUUACAAAACGUACUUCAUUAAAUGGUGAAGAAUGUAUCGUCUUUAAACAAAGGGAUUCUGAGGAAAACUUUAUUCAAAUCUACCACACUGAAGGGUCUUUUGUCGUCCUUGGUAACGAGGAACCAAAUGCUGAACCAAAUAACAAGUGUUAUUCGCGGGUAGGUAUGACAGGGAAAGGGCAACCAGUUGCCCUGGGUAAGAAGUGCAUCACCCAGGGAACAGUAAUGCAUAUACUCUUGCAUACAUUGGGGCUCUGGCACGAGGAGAGCAGGGCAGACAGGGACAAAUACAUCGACAUUGACUGGAGUAACAUCCAAGACAGCCAUGCCGGGAAUUUUGAAGCUUUGAACAUUGAGCAGUUUGACAUGCCCUAUGACUAUGAUAGCAUCAUGCAUUCCACCUCGACAUCAUUCGCCAAGGAUAAAAAGAAUCCCACUUUAAUACCAAGAGGAGAUGCUACAAUAGGCCAAAGAAUCUACUUGAGUGCAAACGAUAUCAACAAGAUCAGAAAAUUGUAUGGUUGUAAAGGAGAAAAGAAAGUUGUUAUUGCGCGCCCAUUUUCUGUCUGAUGGGUCAAUGGAAUAAAACUAAAAUAGACAUAUGUCUUUCUUUUAAAAGAAUUGCCACCAAAAAUAAAAGUUCAUGUAUUCAAAAACUUAACAUUAUUUUAUUCACAUUUUCAGCAACUUGAACGGUACUGAUGAUCUUAGGCAUUUAGAUUUGGCUUUAGAUACAAACAACCUGUUUACACUGCCCUCUUCAUUCGACAUUCGACAACGUAGCUUUUUUGAAGAACUGCCAUUCUUUGGUACAAUUUCAUUUUAAAAUAAAUGAAUAAAAAUAAAAA